AGAAUCGAAUAAUUUUUUUUCAUUCAUCAUUAUCUUCAAAUUAUUUGAUCCAAUUAUUUAUUUAUUUUUUUCGAAAAAAAGAAAAUUAUUUUAAAAUUUGGAUUUAUGCAAAAAAGAAAAUGCGAUUUGUUAAUGAAUGUACGAAUGAUUCCAAUAGAUAUAACGUAAUCAUUAUUGGUGCUGGCCUAAGUGGCCUUUAUGCAGCCAAUAUUCUGAAUGAUUAUGGUAUCACCGAUUAUUGUGUGCUUGAAGCACGUGAUCGAAUUGGUGGACGUUUAUUAACGAAACAGGAUGAAAAAGUUGGCUGGGUUGAUCUUGGUGGAUCAUAUGUUGGACCAAGUCAACAUUAUAUACAGAAAUUGAUUAAAAAACUUGAUAUUAAAACAUAUAAGAUUGAUGUUCAAGGUAAAAGUGUCUAUAUGAAUCAGAAACAACGUUAUUUACAUAAUGGUAAUGAAUUACCAUCAUUGUCAAAUAAAUCGAUUGAAUUGGAAAUUCGUUAUGUAUUAAAAUUAAUGGAUGAAAUGAGUGAACAAUUACCACGUGAUGAACCAUGGAAAUAUUCGAAAGCAAUUGAAUGGGAUCGACAAACAUUGGGACAAUUUUUAGAUAAACAUUGUUGGUCACAAGAAGCUAAAGAUUUUAUAUCAAUCUAUAUUGGUUGUUGUACAUCAUGUGAAUCAUAUGAACAAUCAUUAUUAUGGGCAUUAUGGUAUAUACGACAAUGUGAUGGAUUGGAUACAAUGUAUAAUGUUGAAAAUGCUGCACAAGAUUCAAAAAUUGUUGGCGGUACACAACAAAUAUGUCAACGACUUUUGCAGCUAAUCGGUGAUGAUAAAUUAAAAUUAUCCAAACCAGUCGUACAGAUUAUUGUUGAAAAUGAACAACAUCAAUCAAAACCAUCAUUGAUACAAAUUAAAACAAUGGAUGGUGAAUGUUUACAAUGUAAUUAUGUAAUAAUGGCUAUACCACCUGUUUUAGUACAGAAAAUUCAUUUUCAACCAUCAUUACCACCGAUUUAUAAUCAAAUGUUACAAAAAUUUACAAUGGGAUCAGCAAUUAAAUGUAUUGUUUAUUAUAAGGAACAAUUUUGGCGUAAUAAUCAACAGCCAUCAUUAAAUGGUAAUAUGUUGAUUAAUUGUCCACAGUCAUAUGAUGGACCAAUCACAUAUACGGUUGAUGAUACUAAACCGGAUGGUAGCUAUCCAGCUAUUGUUGGAUUUAUCAUUGGUGAUCGUGCCCGUGAUAUGCUUCAGUUAAGCCGUGAAGAACGAUUAAAUUAUAUUUGUCAAAGUUAUUCACGUGCAUUUAAUUCAACAAAAGCAUUACAACCGAUACAUUAUGAGGAAAAAAAUUGGAUGGCUGAACAAUAUACGGGUGGUUGUUUUACCGGUAUAGGUGGGCCAGGUUUUUUAACCAAUUAUGGUCCAUUAUUAAAACAACCAUUAUUUGAUUGUAUAUUUCCGGCCGGUACUGAAACAUCAACACAUUGGGCCGGUUUUAUGGAUGGUGCAUUACAAUCGGGUGAACGUGCUGCAUUGGAAAUUUUAUCACGAUUAAAUUCAUCGAUUAAUAUUCAGAAACCAGUUGUAUGUUUGAAACAACAAGAAUUCAACAAAAAUAAUUACAAUGAAACAAAUUCAAAUUCAAAUCGAAUGAAAGUGGAUUAUUAUGUAAAUCGAUUCGUAAAUUUUUCACUAUCAAUCAAUCAAUUGAUCACAUGGUCAGUUGUUGCAUUUUUUGGCAUCUUUUUUGGAAUGACAAUAUUUUAAUUAUUUAGUCAGUGAUGAUGAUGUUGAUUGACGUGAAUAACAAUUUUUUUUUCGUUGAUAUUCAAAAUUGUUUUU